AUGUCUCUUAUUAGAAGACAAAUGAUCAACCGAAAUAGUUGCUUCAGGAUCUUAAAGGCAAGACAACAACCAUGGUCAUCCCUAAUAAGAAAUACUUUCCCUGUCCAAAGUAGCCGGUUGUUACACUCAUCCAGAACUUUACUCUCAAAAAAAGAAAAUAUCACUAAGUCACAGCUUUUAGAACAAGCUUCGUCAUCGCUUUCCCGUCUCUGGAUUCACAUAAAAUGGCCGCUUACAAGAAACAACCGCCCCUUUUCAUUAGAUGACUUUUCAGCUUUUGCAUCCUGGCUCCUCAUGGGAAAUGUUCUUUGGAUUAUAUUGGGAACAACGACUUUUGGUCUUGUCACCAUGUAUUCCAUUGAUACUUUCGACCGUUUCUGGAACGUCGUUAAAGGCGAGCAAAACCUGGGCAGUGAAGAUAAAGACACUAAGAAGAAACUGAACGAUGAUAGUUUCCUCGGAUUUAUCGCCAGUUCUAUCUUGUCUCAAGGUCUCGGUCUCAAGUUUGUAUUCCAGAAAGGAAAUGUGGUGCCAGAGUUUGCCGACGGUAUGCUAAAGUUCAAAAAUUUGAAAGUAUACUCCACAAAAUCCCCAGCGGAAGAAUUAUCAUUCAUUGCUUCCAUUCAAGAACUUAACUUGAGUUUAUCCUUCAAAAAAUGGUACAAAGGAAAUGGUCUUAUCUAUGAUAUGGAAAUAUUUGGCAUGGAUGCUACAGUAUACAAGAAUCUAGAGUCAGUUGCAAAUGAAGCCCCGAUUAAGGAUAAGUCCAUUCCAUUGAGCUCCAUGGCGUUGUCAUUCAGUAAAUACAAUGACAGAACAUACAACGACAUUGAUGAACAUGGAACUGAGCAACUUGAACGUCUUGAGCAAUCACCUAAACUCUCCCUGUUAGCCCCCAACUAUGAAUUUUCUCAUGUGAAAAUUCAUGACUCAGUUAUUGCACUUUAUGAGGGUACUGAUCGAGUACCGUUGAAGAUUUCCAUUUUCAGUGGCGAUUUACCGAGACUUCGGGGAAGUCGGCUAUUGCUCGAUUUUUUCAACGCAAACAACGUUGCAGGUGCAGUGAACGAUGCAAUGUUCACUAUACACAAGCAUCAAACAUUUUUAAACAACGAAAACGUUGUUAGAUUCAAAUUAGACGGCAUCGAUAUGGGAUCUCUUUCGAAGGCGAACCCUCAGCUGAAAUUCAAUUGGAUUGCUAAUGGUAAGGCAGAAAUUAUUGCAAAUAUUCGCCUUCCUCCUGCGGAUGGAGCCAAAGAAGAUGGCCACUCGAACGCUCCACUUUUGAGUGGGAUUUUUCAGAAGCUUUUAGAUGAGUUCAAAGUACUUACAAGCCCAAAAGAACAGGAACUUUCUAAUGAACAUCCAGAAAGCAGUUUGGUUAAAAGUGCAGUCACAGCAAUUUAUGAGACUUUUUCUCACAACAAGGAAGAGAAGCCAAUAAUGAAUGAAGCGGAGUAUGUCAUUGUUGAUGUCAAAGUCAAGUUUACCGAUUUGAAGGCUACUCUUCCACAAGAGCUCCCUCUGGCAUCUUCUUCUCUGGUUCCAUUUGUUUCAUUGCAGGAGUUACGCUCAUUAAUUUCCUAUGUGAACGAAGUUGAAACAGACAGUGAUCAUCCAAUUAUCAUCAAUACUACGGUUAUCGAAAAAAUGAGCGAUUUAUACAACUUGGAUAACAUUUCUCAAACACGUCUAUUUGAUGUGAUUGUGAGUGAUAUUUAUGAUGACUUUUCGAAGUUAAUAAAAUUGGAGGAGAAAAGAAUCAUUGAAGAAAAAUCAAACAUGUGGUCUCAUUCCCUUGCCAGCCAACUUCUUUUAUUGGGACUUGGUGUCUUAGCAUGA